AUGGAGAAUUAUAAUCCGUUAUUUCUCCAGCAAUUAGUGCCUCUUUUAUUUUUUCAAAUUGAAGAAUCGUCUGAAGUUGUUUCUAAUUUGGUUAAAACCUUUGAUCAAUUCAAUAUUAAAGAUGCUAUAUGGGAUAAUUCCAUUAUCAAAAAUAGACUCCUGAAUAUUAAAUAUAGAAUUAAAGUAAUUGAAGCACCUGAAUAUCAAUUGCCCGAAGGAGCCAAAAGGAAGACGAACGAAGAUGAACAUUCCAUUAUUUCACCAUUUAAUACGAAGUCUGAUCUUUUCCCCAAUGGUAUAUUAUCUGAAAAAUGGUUUAAGAAGUAUAUAGAAGAUCUUCCAUUUGCUAGUAUAGUAACUUUUAAGUUGGGUCAGGCUAUAGAGAAUGAUGAUGAAUUGGCAGAACGAAUUAAUUCAUUGAAGAAUGCAUAUCAAGAGAGCCGUGUUAAUCUUGUUGUUAUAAUCGUUUCGGACUCGGAAGAUAUUAAUGCUGAUGACGAUCGGAUCAAUAAAUUACGACAAGCUACCGGCCUUCCAAAAUUGACCGGUUUGAUAUACUUGAAUACAUGUCCUGAUACAGUCCGUCGUGAUUCCGAGAUAUUGGUUUCAAGCAUACUAUCUAACUUGAAAUCUGUCGCAGUGGAUUUCUAUUCAAGCAUAGAGAAUAAAGUUAAACAACGUCACAAGAAAUAUUAUUCUUGCCCUUCCACUUCAAAUAUCGAUACUAAAAUAGAACUUACACCUAUGUUUCUUGAAACCCGUAACCUUAUUAAACAAGGAAUACUUCAUCAAUUGUCACAUCCACAUAAUUUAGAAUCAAGUUUGAAGUUUCUCGAAUAUGCAUACCAGGAUAUGAUUGAAUUAUCAAGGGACAGUUUUGCCAACUUGAUCAAUGAAGACUCGGUUUCUCGCCACGAUUUACUAUUAUAUGAACAAUUUCGAACUUUUAUUGAUGUUAUUGCAUUCCAUAUUGUCAGAGGUUAUUUAUCAUUAGAGGAGCCAAUUUCGGCCUUGAAAAAACAUAAAGCCCAUAUUAUCAAUGUGCUUGAUAUUCUUGGUGGCAAUAAUGGCGACAAUAAUAAUUGGGUAUCGAUUCAGUACCAAUGGCUAGCUGAAUUGAUGAAGUUAGUACCGAUAUCAAUUUUGAAUUCGUUAAAUAUAAAAGGCUACAAAAAGAAAUCUAAAAAUUCCAAAGUAUUUAAGAUAUUUGGAGGUGUGCAGUUUCAUGAAACUCAUGACUAUGAUUUAAUAACAAGUCCAGAAUUCGUAUUCUUAAAGUCAGCCGAAUAUUGUACUGAAAGCUCUGGUAAGAAGAAUGCGCUUAAAUAUUUAAGUGACUCAAGAGACUUGGAGACUGUCUCAAAGCGGAAAAUUAUGCUUCUAUUAAAUGCAAAAGAAUGCUUACAAAAUGACGGUUCUCUUAGUAGUUCAUCUGAUGGACAUAGUAAUCUUCAAAGUAUGGAUCAAUACAUUAGUUGGUUAAUUGCAUACGAAUAUUCAAAGUUGUCAGAUGAAGAUUCAUUAGCCAAAGUGAUCGAAUACUAUGAGCUAUGUUUAUCUGAAGCCCAGUUUGGAGACAGUAGAAUUUCUGAGAUUGUACUUCAAAAUUUAUUGAAGCACUAUUCAAAUAGCAAGAAUUCUAAGAAGGCUUUAAGUACCAUUUUAAGACUAUCGUCUAAUCCAUUUACAAGCGGCAAUUUGCACUCCCAAAUUAAUAUAAACGGAUUUGAUUCAAAUACAAUUGACUUACAUGAUUUGGAUGGUAAGGGCAUUAAAUUAGUUGAUGCCGAUGCUUUGCUUCUUAGCGAGAACUACGAAAAAGUAGGACCUAAUGAAUGUUCACUAUAUGAGUCCUGUGUUUGUCAAAUAACCUUCAAGCCUCUCAUAUACCUUCAGCAUUUGAAAGCGCUUCUUUCAGAAGGACACGAUGAUACUCAAGUCCGCUUAUCAAUUAAAAAAUGUGAAGUGAAGUUCGUUAAACAGGGUGAAACAUCUGGCUCGAGUGCGUAUAAGGAUGUCGUCAUGGUACAGAACCUGAUCCUAUCAUCUGAUUUCUUGCAAAAUAUUGAAGUGAAUGAGAACGGAAAUACAUUGGAUGGAGAAUUCAACAUAAUGUUUUCUGAUUCUGAUGACGAGAAUGCUUGUAAGGUUUUACAGUUUUCACAGGUUUCUCAAAAGGCUGGAUCAUAUAUGAUAGGAUCUAUUGGUUUAGAUAUCGAAAUCAACGUAUCAUCUAACGAAAAGGAAUUAAAAUUAACCAGAAAAGAUAAAAUCGCUAUAGAUGAUGAGAAUUUAGCAAACGUUUCGCACCAUAAAUGGAUGUACUCUGGCACAGCUGACUCUAAGCUACAAAAAAAAGCCGUUAGGUUGUAUAGCCAAUCCCCUCAUGUAAUUAGGGUUUUACCCUUGAAGCCAGACGUGACAAUUACAAUGAAAUCUUCAGUUGCAAAUCCAAUCAUUGUGGGUGAAAGGAUUUCGAUCCCAUUUCGGAUUCAAUACAAGAGUCCUAAGAAUCAAAAAGUUUCCUAUAAAAAAAUUCUGUUAGCACCGAAAGUCAAGAUAAUUUCUGAUGGACAAGACCAGGGGUUUAUUUCCCCGUUAACCACUCAAGUUAAUUGGGACGAAUUGAAAGAUGACGAGCCGUUGAGUUUGAAAUCGUUAGUUUCAAGCGACGAGGAGUCUAAAACCCAUAACUUGAACAUCAGUAUUCUCAAUUCGUCCAUCAAUGGCGAUGAUAAUGCCAUUGCUCUGAAUAACAUGUUUAGAGUGUCGAUCGAUCUCAAGACACUAGUAAGCGAAGAAGGGGAUGAUAAUCACGAUGAUGAUAGCUUAGCGAUAUAUGAUACGGCUGACUACACACUACCAGUUAUUAGUAGCCCAUUCGAUUGCAAAUUUAGCAUUAGUCCAAGGUAUAGAAAUGAGGAUACGGCUGAUAUGCCGUGUCCAUUUAUUCUUUCACCAGAUUCUGAAGAUUCAAGUUCUCAUGACAAGGUGAGUAAUUAUUCGAUGCCUAUUGCUACGAGAUUAUGGAUGGGAAAGCUAUCGUUAGUGGAUAAUCUUGCUCAAACUAAUGAAGACAACAAGCUUCAAAUUGAAGAGGCAAAGUUUAGUAUUAAAUCCAAAAAUUCCGAACUAGUUGUCGAAACAGUGGACCUGGAGACGAUAAGCAAGAAUAGCAUAACUCAGUUAUUUACUACUAGAAGUAAAAACGGUUUCUCGCAUCGAAAUGUGAUGGUUAAUGCUUCUGUGAAUAUCAAAUGGAAGCGAGAAGACAGCGACAGUAUAAGCGAAUUCAAGAGCAUCGAAUGGCAGAUAGUGUUACCAUUAUCUGACCCACGAGUAUUGUUAGCAUUGGAAUUCAAAGACACCAACAUGGCCAAAUUCAAAUACAUCAUUGAAAAUCCUACACCCAGAAUCUUCAUGUUCACCACCCAAUUGAGCACGGAUGAGAUCAAUGACGACAUCGAAUGGCAAUUCGAUGACGACAGAAACGUCGUGCCAUUGAGGCAGUCCGCAUUCCCCGUAUUACCGUUCAACAGAAAUAUCAUUGAGUUCUAUGCCAAGCUCACCAAUAACACGAGCCAACGCCUCAUCGCACUCCCACAAUUCAAAGUCUACGAUGUCCACUACAAAGUCACAUUGCCCACGCUUGCCGUGUGUGAAAACGUCGUGGUCAAAAAUAACAAUUCACUCUACUGGCAGCUCAACGACCACGCCUCGGCCUCAUCUUCUCACUAA